AUGGCGUUGCGCCGUCCGCCGGGUUACAGCCCGGCACCUACCGAGGUGACGUAUCUCUCUGCAGACUCUUCCGACGAUGCCAUCGACAUCAUGAGCGUCGAGCCCGGGGGUAUGUACGACAUACUAUUCAGCCGACCUCGAGCUCCCAACUUGUGGGAGACUGGGAGCGCCCUGCACCAGCUCGACCACCGACUCCGGUUCCCGCUCCUGCUGCAGUUCCCGCUCCAAGACCUGCUGCAGUUCCAAUUGCAAUACCUCGUGGGGGAGGCUGGGUUCCCAUUACCGCUCCGAGGCCCGAUCCAGCAGCGCAGCCUGCUCCACAACCAGCUGCCGCUCCAAGGCCUGCUCCAGCUCCCGCUCCGAGACCUGAUGCAGUUCCCAUUGUAA